CUUUAUUUUGUUGUGUCUGGGUCUGGAGCACACGCUUGGCUCACAUCAGGAAGGUCCACCUUCCCAUGUUGAUAUAAAAAAUAAUUAUUCGCAAACCUAUUAAUUUUUGUACCUUCUUUAAUCAAGAUGGGAAGGAAGAAAAAAGCAGUUGGUCGGACCGCUGCGCCGAAAGCUCCUAAUAAUUCUGAGGAAAACAAGCCCCGAGGACGCGGACGGCCCAGGAAAUAUCCAGUGGUCGCAGCGGAACCAGAGUCAGAUUCGAAGGAGGAGAGCCAACAGUCAGCAUCAUCGACUGCCGAUGACCAGUCGCAGGAAGCUCCUUUGCCUGAACAGCCUGCAGCAGGCACCACAGAUGAGUCUGGUGCCGUUGCAGUCACUGCCGGCAGUAAGAAAUUCGGCAAGUUCCGCAUUCUGCACAGUUCCUCGCCGUCCAGCUCUUCUGGCGAGCAGCCGAGCGAGUUUGCCAUCAAGUCAGAAGAAGCGCCAGCCCCUGUUGAAGAGGUCAAGGUGGAAGAACUGGUGGCUAUGGAGGUCGAUGAACCGCCGAUUGUUGUGUCAGCAGACAUUGAGGUAGCCACUACUGAGGUAGCUACCACUGAGGUAGCCACCACUGAAGAAGUCACUACUGAAGAAGUCACCACAGAAGAAGUAUCUUCUGAGGAGGAACCGAAAGAACAGCAGCAACCUUUAGAGGGGGAAAUUCAGAGGCUUCAAAACCUGAGUAUUGAACCGCUGGUACAAGUCAAGGAGGACAUCAUGGAAAAUAUUGUUAUUGAAAUGAAGGAUGAAGAGCCAAUGGAGAAGGAAAAAGAAGAGCUCAAAUCUACAGCAGAGGCCAAUAAUGCAAAUAAUGAAAGUGCAACUCUUGUUCAGACAGAUGAAAGCACGUCAAGCGUGCGUCGAAGAAGUUCUCGCAUCAAAGUGAUACUGGAAUCAAAUGUGAAGACUAAGCCAACAAAAGACUCAAAGGAGGAUAAAGAGUCAAAAGAUAAAGAUGUUGACGCAAAUGGCCAGGGCAAAGAACAGUCAGAAUCUGACUUUUCCACACCUUCAAAUCCAUCUACUUCCAUCAAACCAGUGAAGGUUAAAUCUCGAUGGCGGAGGUCAAGCGAACUUGAAAUGGGCUCGAACAACCAAUCUAAAUCGUCAUCUCAAGGUGGCACAACUGCCAGCGUCCCUGCUACUCCCAAGAUCUCACAACCUCUCUCAGCUGACGAGGAGAGGCUGAAGAAUUUCAAGAAAAUUGAUAAAAACCUUUACCUCACUCAAAGAACAACUAACAAAGAAACAAAGCGUAUGAUUUGCGAGUGUGAACCUGUCGAUGACGAUGAAAUGGGAUGUGGGGAGGACUGCCUAAAUCGAAUGCUCAUGAUUGAAUGUGGCCCCCGCUGUCCACUGGGAGACAAAUGUUCUAACAAGAGGUUCCAGAAAAUGGAGUACUCGCCUAUUGAGGUGAUAAGAACAGAAAAGAAGGGAUUUGGACUUCAGGCGAUGGCUGACAUUGAAGACGGGGCUUUCUUGUCAGAAUAUGUUGGAGAGGUUUUGGAUCCAUAUGAGUUUCAAAACAGAGCUGAGGACUAUGCCAAUGACAAAAAUCGUCAUUACUAUUUUAUGGCCUUGAAAUCCGAUGCAAUUAUUGAUGCUACCGUUAAAGGCAACAAUUCCCGUUUUAUCAAUCAUAGCUGCGACCCAAAUGCUGAAACACAAAAGUGGACUGUCAAUGGGGAACUUCGCAUUGGGUUUUUUGCAAUAAAAAAUAUUGCAGCUGGAGAAGAAAUCACCUUUGACUAUCAACUGCAACGUUAUGGCAAAGAGGCUCAGCGUUGUUAUUGCGAGGCAGAAAAUUGUCGAGGUUGGAUAGGUGGAGAUCCUGACAAGGAGGAAACCGUCGCCAAAAAGGGGACUAAGACCGCUGAUAAAAAGGACAAAAAAUCCAAACCAAAGCCCAAGUUCUACAUUGUCCAGGAAUUGUUGGAGGAUCAGGACUUGGAGAAUGAAGUCAAGAAACUGUGCAAUGGUGGAUUGAAGAAUAAGCAGUCAACUCUGACCUUCAGCAGGUUGAUGGUGAGGGUGGAUGACCAAGAAAAGCGAAAGCGGCUUCUGGAACUGCUGCAGAAUGCAGAAACGCCUUGCCGGCGACUCUUCCUCGACUACCAUGGCCUUCGACUCAUGUGGAGUUGGAUGGUGGAUGAACGUAAUGAGAUACGCCUAGAGAUCAUGAAUACCCUAGAUCGACUGCCAAUUUCCAACAUUACGGUUUUACAAGAUACUAAAGUGUUUGGCAUCAUUGUAAAGUGGGAGGAGGAAAGCAGGCCCAUUGAAACUGAUUCUACUAAAGAAGAUCCAGAAAAAAAGGCAAGUGCACCUGUGCUUGCAGAAGAAGAGACCGUCACUGUCAAGAAUGAGCCGGCAGAAGAUAUUGUGAUGGAAGAAAGUGUCGUUAAAGGUGAGGAAGCAGGAGAAGUGAAAGAAGGUGCCCCAGCGGAGAAAGUUGUCACAGUUGACGAUGAAGCUAAUGUUGCAAAGCCUGAGGAAACUGUUGAAGAAGCAUCAAAGACGCCUGAAGACGAAGAUGCGUCAAAAGAAGCUGCCGCACUGAAAGUAGCUGAGCGCCGCGCUGCUGAAAAUAAGAUAGCAAAGGCCCUGCUAGAAAUGUGGAAAACUCUGCCUGAAGUUUUUAAAAUACCACGUAAAGUAAAGAAGGAACAGAUGAAGGAGCAUGAGAGAGAAGCUGAGAGGAAUUACCAAAAGAGUUUAGAAAACCGUGGCUACAAAGCCGAGUACGCAGAAAGCAGUGAUCGGGCACGUCAAGAAAGAUACCGUGGAGCCAGUUUGAUUGUUUCCAACUUCAGUUCCAACUUUAAAAGAAGAGACGUGAAAGAAGACUUAAGAAAGCCCCGCAUGGAUAGAAACGAAGAUAGGUCCACUAGUGGAAUGAGCAAGUUUGAGAGACGUCAGCUUUUUGCCCAGCGCGUGGAACAGGAGGAGCGCGAAAAGCAGCAGCAAAUGUGGAUGGAACGGGAGGCUGAGCGGCGCCAGCAGAUACGCAUGAUGGAGCAGCAGCAACAGCAGCCACACAUACAGAUGGAUGGCAACGGUGUUCCCUGCUUUUUCGACCCCACCACCAAUCAGUGGCACGUCGUUCAUGCCCCUGCAAUUUUAACCAAACCAGCGGCAGAGCCUCCAGAGCUGCAGCAACCCGUGCUGGAUCCGUCUGUGUGGCAGCAAGUGACGCACAUUCCAAUACCGCCACUGCCGCCUCGCUGGAAAGCAGCCUACGACGACAUAGGUCAGCCUUACUUCUUCCAUAUCAGACGACGCGUACCACAAUGGCAACCGCCUCCGUUCCCCUCGGCUGGUAGCAUCACUUCCUCGGAUGACUCAAGCAGCAGCAGUGAACUCACAAGCAGCGCUGAAUCUGAAGAGUCGGAGAGUUCCGAAGAGGAGGAGUCAGAGGAUGAGCCGCAGGAACUUGAAGAAGCUGAGAUGGAGCCGAGUGCUCCUGGCGAAGAAGAGUCAAAAGUGAAAGAUCCAAGUGAAGACACUAAAAAACCGGAAGAAGUUGAGUCAAAGGAGCCAAGAAGAAGGGAGGGUUUGAUAAAGGAGCUCAUCAUAAUAAGUCCAAGACGUGAAGAAGACAUUCCCACUGAGAGCACAAAAGCUCGCAUCCGGAAAGCCAAAGAGCAGUUGCGACUGGAGAAGCAGGCGGCAAUGAGAAAACAGCACAUGCAACACCGCCACAAAGACAAGACCAGAGAAAAGCAACGCACCAUCAAAAUUAAAAACACUGGUGGGGACAUAGACGUAGAGACUGAGAAGAAAAUCAAAGAAGAUUUUCUCGCUAAAAUGGCCACCACGGUUGUUUCCACCCUCAAUCCUUUCCACAGGCCAGAGUGCCAACAGGGAAGAAUAACAUCAAGUGAAGACUUCAAAUAUUUAGCUCGAAAGUUGACCAACUUUGUGAUGCUCAAGGAACUGAAGCAUUGCCGGAAAGUUAGCGACCUAUCUUGCAACGAGAGUGUUAAACACAAAGCUCGAGAAUACAUAAAAAAGUACAUGGCCAAAUUUGGGGAAGUAUACUGCAGGAAGGAGGAACGUGAACGUGAGAAAAAAGAGGCGUCGGGCGAUCCAGAAUAAAAAGAUGAAAUCCAAGGAGUGAUUUGAUUAUAAAAAUAUAUAAUUGAAA